AUGGUGCAGUACAUCCUGACGCCGUGGCGCGAUCGCCGCGAGCUGCUCAAGGUUCGCCAGCAGUUCUAUCCCGCUGCCCCAGCCGACCAGCACCAUGCCGUCGCGAGGGUGUCCAUGUGGAUGCAGCGCGGCAACUGCCCGCACAUGGUCGAGUCCACGGCCCUGCUGACGGCCGCCAUCCUCAGCGACGCCGAGAGCAAGGGCGGCGCUGGCACCUACGCCGUCCGCGCUGCUUAUGCCGCCGCCUUCAGUCGGUUCGUCACUGGGCUCUUGGACGGCCAUCAGGAUAAGCAACGCAAACUGAGCAUGUACUCGGUGGCAAAGACUAUUGGCUUGCCGGCGACCUUUGUCGAGCUGCGGCACCAGGCGACGCACGAGACGUUGCCGUCUCUCGCGAAGCUGCGUUCCGCCGCGCGCAAAGCGCUGGUGUGGAUCUGGGAGUAUUACUGGCAGCACCUGGGGCCCGAUGAGGCCGUCAGCCAGGCUCCUGAGACUCCUGUGCGCCGCGAAGUCGUGGUCGCCUUUCUCGAGGAGCAGGAUGCCGGGAGGAGGGCCGAGAUGAGGAAAUGGAUUGACGGGCUGGAGGAGAGUCGGCUACUGGCGACGCUGGAGAAGAUUGUCGAGACGCCGCCGAGUGAGACCGUCAUGCUUGCGGCUCAGCGGUUAUCAGAGGACAUUCUGCGGAAGGGACAGGGAGACGGGCAGGGUGAGAUGGAGGAGGAUGAUGCUCCUGAGAGCGCUGGCACCGGAUGGGCCAAGUUUGAGGGGACUUGGAAGCCGCGUCCUAUUGGCCUUACGUUUGCCAACGCUAUGCAUAUCCAGUCGAUUCCCAUGUGGGUGGGCAGUAGUAACAACUACGCCUACCUGGUCAAGGACGACAAGACCAACGACGCCGUCAUCAUUGACCCUGCCAACCCGUCCGAGGUGACGCCCGUGUUGCAGAAGGCUAUCAAGAGUGGCGAGAUUAACCUCACGGCCAUCGUCAAUACGCACCAUCAUUGGGACCACGCCGGCGGAAACAAGAAGCUGCAAGACGAGCUGGGUCUGGAUAAGCUGGCCAUCAUCGGCGGCAAGGACUGCGAGGGCGUGACGCGGACGCCGGGCCACGGCGAGUCGUUCAAGAUUGGCGAGGGCAUCGCCGUCAAGGCGCUGCACACGCCGUGCCAUACGCAGGACAGCAUCUGCUGGUUCAUGCAGGACGGGGAUCAAAAGGUUGUUUUUACGGGCGAUACGCUCUUCAUCAGCGGCUGCGGCAAGUUCUUCGAGGGUAACGCGGAGGAGAUGCACAGCGCGCUGAACAAGACGCUGGCCUCGCUGCCCGACGACACUGUCGUGUUUCCCGGCCACGAGUACACCAAAUCCAACGUCAAGUUCGCCGCGUCGGUGCUGCAGAACGAGGCGAUUCAGAAGCUGCAGGCUUUUGCGGAGAAUAACAAGGAGACGCAGGGCAAGUUCACGAUUGGGGAUGAAAAGAAACACAACGUGUUUAUGCGCGUCGAGGACCCCGAGAUUCAGAGGGUGACGGGAGAGAGCGAGCCCGUUUCCCCGGCAAAACGCAAACCACCAACCCAGAAACCCUCCUCCUCAACUACAGACAUCCCACGCCCCCGCGCCUCCAAACUCGCAAAAGAACACAACAUCUCUGCCCACGAAGAGCGCGAGAUCCGCGAAGCCUUUUCCUUGUUCGCCGAGCCCCUCAAGGGCUACUCCAAAGAAGGCGUCAUCCCCACAUCAGACGUCCGCUCCUGCCUAGUCGCCCUGGGCAUCCCGUCGUCCUCCCGCGACGAGCAGGCCGAGUUCAUUGAAAUCUUGGAUCCCGAGAACGAAGGCUUCGUCGCGUACGAGCCUUUCUUUGCCGUGUGUGCGCUAAAGUACCAUCAGAGAGAGGAACGGGGUGGCGGGGAGGCGAGGAGGAGGGAGGUGGAGGAGGCGUUUGGGCUGUUUACGGGGUCUGGGGCCGGAGGAUCGUCGUCGGGGGCGGCGGCGGCUGCUGGGCCGCGGGACGUCAUAACAAUUGCGGAUCUCAAGAGGGUUGCUGCCGUGCUCAGGGAGGACGUCAAGGACGAGGUGCUGCGGGAUAUGAUCCUCGAGGCCAACGGGGGCGCGGGCGUCGGGAAGGGGGUCAGGAGGGAAGAGUUUGAGGAGGUUAUGCGGCGGGCUGGGGUUUGGCGGUGA